UCAUGGCAACGUCGCAAGUUUUUGAUUGCAAAUGGCGUCUUCUGUUAAAAGAUUCUUUCGCAGUGAAAGAUAAAAGUUUUUGUUUUAAAGUGCGUGUAGAUGUAAUAUUAAAAUUUAAAAGAUGGAAAAACAAUUGAGACACAAAGGCAAAUUUAUUAAACAAAGCGUUCUUACCAAGAAGACGAGUUUUCUUGCCCAAAUGACUCGGGGAAAACAACUUUGCGAUGAAUUAAAUAAUGUCAAAGACGUAGACGUAAAUAAAGUGACAGAAAUUUGUCCUGGUCGACGAAUUGUUGAAUUGGACGUCAUAGCAAAAAAUUUAAAGUGUAUAAAGUGCAAGGAAGCAAUUUUCCUGAAUGAUAUUCAAAGUGAAAAGUGUUUUGGACUAAACUCAGUUCUAACCAUCCGCUGUCAAAAAUGUUUGACAGAAACAUCAGUUCCAACUGGAAAAUUCCACAAAACCCUGGAAUCACACUCUCACUCUGACGUGAAUACAAAAGCAGUUUUAGGAGCUGUACAUUCAGGAAUCGGAAACACGGCGCUAAAUAAGGUGCUAGCGUGUUUAAAUAUUCCUUCAAUAUCAACAAACUUGUAUAAAAGAUAUGAAAGGGAAGUUGGGCCUGCACUGGAAAAAAUUGCAAAAGACAGUUGUAAACAAGCCGCUACGGAAGAACGCCAAUUGGUAAUAAACAAUGUCGACCAGCUGUGUGAGGAUCUGUAAGGUUUUUUUUAGUUCUUAAGUUUAUUAUUUAAUUUAAAACAAAAUAUAAUUUACUAGUAUAUUAUAAACAUAUAAUACACUUAUAAAAUAUUAAAUAGAAUUGAAUGCUUUUAUAAUUCUUCAUUUGAUCUACAAUAUGUAUAUUUAUAUAUUACGAAUUAAUUUAUGUUAUCAUUUCUACAAUAUUGAAUUGUAUAAAAUCAAAAUUUUUUAAGUAUACACAUAUUUAUACAUAUAAUAUACGCAUAUUUCUAAGUGUCCAAAUGAUAUUAAAUGUUUUCAGAAUAUUUUAUAAGAUCUGACAUAAGCCAAAAGUUUUGAACGUUCCUAUGAACGAAAUUUUUUUUGCAACUUCUUCAAGUACGAAUUUUAAUACAAAAUAUUGUUCAAAAUAUCUAAAAAGAAGUUAUUAAUUUAAUAAUUAUUUA